GUCUGCCGAUUCGGGAGCACGUCCGUACGCCGCGCUACAUUCAACCCACGAUCUUAAAUACGAUCGCAUUAAAGCGAUUCACGAUAUUCAUCGCAAACUCUUCAAUCCUAUGUUAUUUAUGUGCCGCAUUUAGUGUUUUCGUUUAUCCGUAUUUGUGUUCUGUGUGUUUUGUUUUAUUUGAAAUCGAAGGUUUGCGUACCGGACGCAACUAUUGUGAUACAAUGUCCAUUCAACGGCCGUUAACGCGGUGAAGAUGCCUCUAAUAAACCAUAACUCCAUUUCAUGAGGGUAAAUUGAGCAGCAUGAUUUUAAAGAUAGGGGGGAAGCCUCCUGCAAAAGCACCAGCACCUGCUAAGGUGGAGAAAGAAGUGAAAAAGACGAAAUGCGAUGACAAAUGUCCAGGGGAUCCUUGGAUGUACUGUGUGGUGUUAUGGUGUGCGUGUGCCAUGAGUCUGAUAUCGAGCGGGUAUAGUCUGUACAAACAGCAGGGUCUGCAGGAGAGGUUGGCGGUGUUGGAAGAACAGCACUUUGCGUUAAGGAGUGCGGUGCUGGAGCCGCAGCAGCCGCUGGUGGAGAGGCUACGGCGGGAGGUGCUGGCGCGGCCGCCGCCUAACUGGAGGGCGAGGAGGAGCAUCAGGGAUUACGGACAAUGUGGAUGCCCAGCAGGUCCACCGGGGCCUCCAGGCAAGCGAGGAAAGAAGGGCAAGAAGGGCGACUCUGGCGAGGCAGGACCGCCGGGAUUAACGGGAGCACCUGGGAAGAAUGGAUUCCCGGGUCCCAUUGGGUUGGACGGGCCAAAAGGAGACCCGGGGCGGCCCGGGGACAAAGGGCAGAAGGGCGAGCACGGCAGCCCUGGGUUCGACGUCUUCUCUGCCAUUAAGGGCGUGAAGCGCUCCGUCGACAACUAUAAGAUCAGUCCGUACACCACUGCGGAGAUCAUAGCUGUUAAGGGAGAACCCGGGGAGCCGGGACCACCAGGACCACCAGGUGGGGCGGGCCCCGAGGGCCUGCCGGGACACGACGGGCGCGCGGGGCCCUCGGGGCCUGCCGGGGCCCCCGGCGCGCCGGGCCCCCUCGGUCCGGUUGGACCCGCCGGACCACCGGGACCAAGCGGACCGCAGGGACCGAAGGGAGAUCGAGGAGACAAAGGAGAACGUGGCUUCACGACAACACUGAAGGGCGACGCUUUCCCCACCGGCAUCAUCGAGGGCCCUCCCGGCCCGCCUGGCCCGCCUGGCGCGGAGGGCGCUCGCGGCGAGAGAGGCGAGUCGGGCGCGCCGGGGCCGGCCGGGCCGCCCGGCGACAAGGGCGCGCGCGGCAAGCGCGGCAAGCGGGUAACUACCGCGCGGGUCCCUGCCGACGCCGGGGCCGCGCCGCAUGCGCCACCGUGCGAUGGGGUACAAGCUCUGGCUUUUGUGUUACUGACAUCACCUAGCGUCGCUUCACGCCGAGUGUGCAGUGGAGAUGGGAAAAGCGGCGAAGCGGGCCCGAGCGGUCCGCCGGGACUUGAUGGACUCAACGGUGAGCCUGGCGUGCAAGGGCCUCCAGGAAAACCAGGCGAGAUAGGUCCAAAGGGCGAAAAGGGCGACUACGGCGACAUGGGCUCACCAGGCAUGCUGGGCGCACCCGGGUUGCCCGGGCCUCCCGGAUAUCCGGGCCUCAAGGGCGAUAAAGGAGACAAGGGAGACUCGAAGUACAGAAAGCUGAGGAGGCGGCAGGGAGACGGCACCGGCUACGAGCUGUACGGACAUGAAAUUAUGAUGGGCCCGCCGGGGGCGCCGGGUCCGGCGGGGCUGCCCGGCGUAGCGGGCCCGCCUGGCAUCAAGGGCGACAAGGGAGAGCCAGGCGUGCGAGGCAAGACCGGGGACAGAGGGGAAAAAGGUGACGCGGGACCGAUGGGAUUGCCGGGUCCAGUUGGUCUACCAGGCGAGCCAGGCGAGCCAGGCCGGCCAGGCGACUUAGGCCCUAGAGGCCCGCCUGGACUCGACGGCAUGAAGGGCGCGCAGGGCGAGCCGGGCAGCAAGGGAGAACGCGGUGACCCGGGGCUACCGGGUACGGAUGGCAUUCCAGGACAAGAGGGCCCGAAGGGCGACAAAGGAUAUAAAGGAGAACCCGGACCAGCUGGAAAGCGCGGGCGCAAAGGAGACAAAGGUGAUAAGGGCGAGCAAGGCGUGCCCGGACUGGAUGCGCCGUGCCCGCUCGGGCCCGACGGCCUACCGUUACCAGGAUGCGGAUGGCGGCCCGCUAAGGAGUCCGCGGCGGCGCUACCUCGGGAGCCAGGCGAAGAGGGCGCGGGAGGGGGAGGGCCGGGGGGCGUAGGGGAAGAGUCAGAGGAAGAUCCCGGCGAAGAGUACGAUGCGCGCGAGGAUGAGCUUGACGCGCCCCGCGAUUACGACGACUACACCGACAAUGCGCACCUCGCCCUGCACCAUGACUGAACCCUACCUUAACCACUCCCUCAUCAACCCGAUU